AAUGCACUGGCCUGCGCAAGCCAGUUCCAUAACCUGAGAGAAAAUGCUAAUAAAGGCUAAAAUUAUAACUAACUCGAGGAAAAAAGACAAUAAAAGCUAAUAUUAUUGCACCGCCUAUGGUGGUGCACUUACCUGAGAGGAUUAUUGAGGCUUUUAUUUUGAAAUUUUCAUUAAGCUUCAUUUGAAAUUGCAACACUAAUCCCAGGUGUAACAGCGGUUUUGUUAAACCACUCAUCCAAUGGCCAAAAAAGCAAUUACAUGAUGUAAAAAUUGUCAAGGUUUUUAUUUUGAAAUUUUCAGUAAGCUUCAUUUGAAAUGGCCUCACUAAUCCCAUGUGUAAUAGUGAUUGGGUUUAAAUCAGUUACAUAAUGCUCAAAACACAAGUAGUUCUGAAUACCAGCUAAGUCCUCCAAUGCAGUAACUGACAGUUCCGCCAUGUUGUAGUUCUGACAUGCUGCUCAGGCCUCUCUUUUAACUGAGUCUUGGUCAGUUAAAAGAGACUACAGUUAUGGCGUGUUUGUAGUCCCAAGCAGCCGCUCUGCCCUGGUCUGUGUUCUAUUGCUACGGUAACAGUUGCUACAGUAAUUAAUCCCCUAGUGCAGCUGUGAGUGACAGACAGUUCCCCCAUGUUGUAGUUCUAACAUUCUGCUCAACCCUCUGUCAAUAACUGAGUGUUCAGGCAUAGUUAGAACUACAAUUAAAGCUGCAAGCAGCCUCGAGCGGCCCUCGCAGCAAAACGCCACUCCUGCCUAUUGGCCACCACGGGGGUUCCAGCUCUGCCACCCGCCGGCCACCUCGGACCCUCCCGUGUCCGUCUGCCAGGCGAUACGCAUUAAUGCGUUCGGCAGUGCUCCCUGGCAAUGCACAAAAAAAUCUGGUGCAGAUUGGGCCAUGUAGCAAGGAGAUACAGCCGUUUGAUUAACCUAGUGAUGUCAAAUUACAAUGUAAUGCUAUUGGGCUCUUUAGAGGUUCAUCAGAGUCAAUCAUAAAAAGUCUGGUGCAAAUCGGACAAUGCAUGUGUGAAUUAGAGAUGAUCGUAGACACAUAGCGAGUAUUGCCAUUUGUUAUUUAGCCACGUCCACACAGUUCAGCCAGUAGCAAACAUUCGCAGAUUUCAUUAUCAUGUCAUUUUAUGUCAGUUGGCACAGCAUUCAACCCAUUUGAAUCAGAGAGUAAAAGUAAGACAUCCAGCAGAAAAAACAGGUGACUUGUUGUUGGAGGUGGGUGGGGCUUAGGUGUUGUCAUCAAUUGACCACCUGAAUGUGAUGAGGGCUGGUCUGUAGUCAGACAUAGUGUAAUGCAGCUGUGACCUUCUAUGUGGAAGUUAUCGCAUCUUGAUGUUUUAUGGCGAGUAGUCAAAGUUUGGCACUUAGCCACGCCCACACUCUUUGAUGUACGGGAAAUCUUUUGAUAACUUUUCACCUUCAAUGUCUCAAGACUGUGCUGAGUUAGUUUGAAGUCUGUAUCUCAAAAGCUGUAGGAGGAGUUCGAUCAGAUGUGACGUCUAUAAAAAAGAGAAAAUGGUGGCUUUUAUCCAAAGUGGCCAACUUCCUGUUGGGUUUGGACCAUGGCUCCAAGAAACUUUGUAGGGUCUGACAAGAUACACAAGUGUACCGAAUUUCAUAUUUCUUGGUUAAAGCAUGGCGUGGGGCUGAUCAUUUAACAAAUUAUAACGGGCGCUAUUGAGAAAUUAGGCCACGCCCUCCAAAUAUUUUUGAGAUUACAGACAAACAAACCCUAACUGACUCUAAUUUGCUUCUUUCCUUUUCCUCUGUCUGAGCCUUGCUGCGGUGCAUCUGACCUCUGAUCUUAACUCAGACCUGUCCUGCCGAUCAGAUGACAUACCCCCUUCAUCACCAGCCAAUGACAGUUGAUAUAGAACCGAAAAAGGAGAAGGAAGAUUUCUACCACCUGGACACUGAAGGCACUAAAGUGUCCGCUGAUCCUAAUUCCUGGACAUCUGGGAACUGCCAUGCAGCAGACUACUGUAUGGAGUCCUGCUGGACAUUUUGACUGGAAGCUGAUGCAGCUGAUCUUUUACAAUCCUCGCUGGUUUACUCUUUGGCAUCAGCGUAGAGAAGGAAAAUAAUGUGUUUUAAAGAAAAAGAAAGCAAACUGAACUGUUGCCGCUUGUUUCAUUGGUGGACAAAGGGACGGUUUGGACAACUUAUAAAAAAAUCCAACACCAGAGCCAGUUGGACUGUCAGGGAGCUGGAAGAGAGACGGAGGGAGGACCAGCUGCAGCGAUGCCAGCAGCAGGAGGGGGAAGCGAGACGGAAAGGAGAAAUGAGGCCGUUCCCAUCGAGCCAGGAGACUGGGUCUACAUUAAAGUCAUGAAACAAAAGAACUGGACGAGUCCACGGUGGGAAGGACCAUUCCAGGUGCUGAUGACAACACCAACAGCUGUAAAGAUUGCUGAAAGACCUAGUUGGAUACAUCUCAGUCACUGCAAGCUGCAGAGAGUGUUGGACCCCUAAUCCUGAGUGGCGGGGAAGGUUGGCUACACAGGGGUUCCUGACCAAUAGGGAGGUUCGUCUCAAUGCCAGUUAAGAAACUCGACGCAUCCUCACUGUUUAGUUUGGGGGUUUUGACAUCUCUGCGCGCCGAGCAGCAAUAGAGACUCCAUAUGCCAGGUGGAUCUUCUACUGCGCUGUGACUGCAGCAUGCCUGAUGUUCGGAGGAGGAAGUGACCUCACUUUCCACCCACAUGAAUACAGCACCAACCUGUGGUGGCAGCUGAUGAACAGGACUGCUCACGAGGAGAAAGAGGUGAAUUGCUAWGUGUGUGCGCAGCUGCCAAUUGCCACACACAACUCAGGUCUGCGUGUAGGACACAUCACUGAUGACAAACAGAUGUGUCUCUAUGGCCUGAGCACACAACCACGACUUAGCGUGCCAAUACCAAAAGAAUGCAAAUGGUGCAAAAAGGAUUAUUCUGUUCUACUUCGGACAGGAGAUGCCACGAGGGGACUUUUUGGAGUUAUGAACUGUUCCUUUAGUGCUGACGUACUUCCGUUUACACAAACUGCAUGGAAAAUACCACAGACCAUUUCUUUGGCAGGAGCUGAACCCGGGUCUCUGAGGAGCUGCGUUUUCAACAACGGACACGUUUCUCUUGGGAUGUUACCUUGGAAUUUGUGUAGCAAAGUUUACACCUACUACGAAAUGACACCUGAUUACAUCAACUGCAUUGCCUGCAGGGGUCAGAGGGCGACCCCCGACUGCAAAGUCUGGAAGGACAACCCAGUCUGUGACAACUUGCUUCAGGAGAAGAGUUUCAACAUCAUACAUCGGACGAGAGGACGACAGGAGACAACACUGUGCAGCGCAAUAGUGCCAGGAGACUAUGGUUCACGUGUGAUGGCGGACUGGUACUUCCUGUGUGGAAAUGGAGCUUACAUGGUCUUGCCACGAUAUUGGGGAGGACUGUGUGCUUUGGUCCCCUUAAUCAGCCCGAUUGCAUUCAUCAGGAAAGGACAACACGUUCUAGCUGCCCGCUCCAAGCGUGCAGUUAUGCCGGAGGUCAAAAGAUGGGGAGGCCUCACUACAGAGACUGGAGUUCCUUGGGAGUUCAAGCUUUGGGGCAGGGGAGAAAAGUUUAUGCAAGGCAUGUUUCUAUGGGUCGGAGUAGGUGAGAUUCGGGACCACGUUGAAAUCAACAGAUAUGGAUUACUGCGACUCAACAGCACACACCAGCUGGCCAAUGGCACCGUGAGAGAGCUGACUGAACUGAGAAACAUGGUUUUGCAAAACCGUGUUGUACUGGACUUCCUCACAGCCUCUCAGGGAGGUGUUUGUAAAAUCAUUGGCCCAGCGGGCUGUACAUUUGUUCCUGACGAAACAGGAACUGGUGGAACUAUUUCUGAUGCUCUGACCUGGAGGAACUUAAACUUUAUGUGGAAAGUGGAACGCAGGGAUAAUCUUCUUUAGACUUUCUUUCUUGGCUCACUUCCGGACCAUGAUGGAAUUUACUGUUUAAGCUUGGAACAUCUAUUCUGGGUGUUUUGAUUCUUUUUUGCCUAUUCACAAGUUGCAUUAUUCCAUGCCUUCGAAGCAUGAUGCUAAAGACAUUUAACACUGCUGUGGUCAGCUAUCAGCUGGUGAAAAUAACCUAUGACACAAAUGAAGACGACUUGUUUUCUGAUGAUGAAGUUCUGUAAUCAAUAAACGGAUUAAUUCAUUUGCUGAAUGAUUCCYACACCAAAAAUGUGAAAACAAGUGGUGUUAGUGAUGAGAAAACUGCAUUUGAUUUUUUUGCUGUUUCUUUUAUUUUUCAUUUUUUAUUAUAUUCAUAUAUUCAUUGUGUAUUUAAAAAAAGGUUCUUGCAGCUAUUGGAUGUAUUCUUUUCUUUUCUAUGCUUUGCUUUUGAAUAAAGUUUACACACAUUGUAAAAUGAUAAAAAAGGGGAGAAAAUGAUAGGUGUUUUUCCCUUUUGAACCUUCAUUAAAAGAACCAC